AAAAGAGGAACGUUCUCCGCCAACUAUGUAUGUAUGUAUAUUCAUAAAUAUACACACAUUUAUUGUUGUCUUCGAUUUGCAUACGCUCUCUUCUGCCGCACAGAUGUACCUCAGAAGCUACUGCAUAGCAUCUUUCUAUACUGAAAACUCUUCAUAAUGCGCGUUCAUUGAAAAUAUAGUUUUCAAAAUACUGAAUCAGUGCGAGCGGGCCACUCAACCGAAAACCACACACUAUUCCGGCGAUAUUCAUACAUAAUUUUGUGGGCGAUGGGUGAAAAGUAAAAGCUAAAGACAAAAACCGUGACGUAUUAUAAAAAGUCGGCGAAAAGCACAAAAGUCAAGAGUCAACGAGUCACAAAAGAAUCUCCAACGGCUCAUUGGUGCGGUGGUAAUAUGUUUCGUGUCUCACAGGAGAUUCGCUUGAAUACGAGCGGCAAUGCUGAAGUGCCGCGCUACUGUAACAACACAAGCGCCGACAGUGAAAAUGAGUGUAUUUUUGGAAAAUACCAAAGAACCCCAGACGCGGAUGCCUAUCCUACCGAAGGUCCAUUGGUGCUUGUCGCUCCCGAGCUAACAGAUCCCAGCAAGGUGAGACUUCUACACUUUCCCAAUGGUGCCGUGCUCGUGAACUCGGAAGUCAAUUUCAUAAUCAAACGCAAUGGUGUGAAAGGCAAUUUUGAAGUUAAGGUCGAAAGUCCAUCUGGCAUAAAUAGUGUGAUGCCUCUACAAAUACUUGAUCCUGAACGUUUAAAUGUCAACUUUAACCUAAAUGAGGCGGGCCUCUAUAAAGUACACAUCAAAUGCAAUUCCGUGCCAUUACCCAAAUCACCGUUUAUCAUAAUUUCCAUUUGUGGAGAAGCUGAGGGCAAUGCUCGCAAAAUGGAAUUGCCCAUUUUCAAAUCAGAUGCCAAUUGCGUGACCCAUCGCGGACUUGGCCUAACACACAUUUCACUCGAUGACCGGAACGAAUUUACUGUUGAUGGCUCGGCGGCGGGCAACAAUAUGCUGUUCGUUGGCAUAUUCGGACCGAAAGGACAGUGCGAUGAGGUUGUCAUUAAGCAUAUGGGAAAUAAUGUUUAUAAAAUUACAUAUGAGGUGCGUGAUCCAGGCAAUUAUCUCGUAGUGGCCAAAUGGGGCGAAGAGCAUAUACCCGGUUCGCCAUUCCAAUUGAGUGCAAAUUAAUGUGAGAGCAUAAUCGCAUACAUAUACAAAUUACGUGCUUACAUUUGUAUGUAUGUAGUUGCCAUUAUUUCCAUGCCUUUCCUAUACUUCAGUAUGUUUACCAAUUAUAUCUUUGUACUUAAUCUAAUUUUAGUGAAUUAAUGUUCUCUUCAGUAGAUAUGUAUUUAAAUAAAAAUAAAUGCAUCAAAAUUUA